AUGACCACUAUUGCUCUAUCGCUUGACCCAGUUGUUCUGUCUGACCUCAACACUGGAACUGUCCUUGACAUCGCGAGUACAGUUUCCUUCCGCUCGUCGACAGACCGAAAACUAUUUUCAAAUAUCAACGAGCUGCUCGCUGGGAUUCAAGCAGGAGAUUUAUUUAUACUCAAGGCUCAGACUUGCUGUUUCCUGGUCUCGCUCACCCGGGAGGAAAGCAAUGCAGAAGACCAAGCGGUUUUCAUGGACACCAUUGCCGCUGACAUGACAAGCUAUCCGGCAAGCAACAUUAUUGAUGAGAUGAUAUCUGGCACUUGCUAA